AUGGUCUCAGACGGCACGCUUCUCCGAUCACUGGAAUCUAAUCUAUCUAUCUAUCUAUCUAUCUAUCUAUCUAUCUAUCUAUCCCAAUUUCUUCACAUCUAUCUAUCUACCUAUCUGGGACAAUUAUCAAUCUAUCUAUCUCGGUCCGUUCAUUAUCUAUCUAUCUAUCUAUCUAUCUAUCUAUCUAUCUAUCUAUCACAGACUGUUUUUCCUAUCUAUCACGGACUACCAUGGACUGUUUUUUCUAUCUAUCUAUCUAUCUAUCUAUCUAUCUAUCUAUCUAUCUAUCUAUCUAGCAAAGACUACUGUUUUUCCAAUCUAUCUAUCUAUCUAUCUAUCUAUCUAUCUAUCUAUCACACUUUUUUUCCUAUCUAUCACAGAUUAUUUCCUAUCUAUCUAUCUAUCUAUCUAUCUAUCUAUCUAUCAAUGACUUCUUCCCAUGAACCACUGCUCUCUGAAACUGACUCCCUGACUAUCUAUCUAUCUAUCUAUCUAUCUAUCAAUCUCUUCAUAUCUUUCUAUCUUUCUGUCUAUCUAUCUCAUCUUUCUUUCUUUCUUUUUUCUUUCUUCGUCUGGUUCUAUCUAUCUAUCUAUCUAUCUAUCUAUCUAUCUAUCUAUCUAUCUAUCUCUUUCUGUUCGUAUCUAUCUAUCUAUCUAUCUAUCUAUCUAUCUCAUUCUGUUAGUAUCUAUCUAUCUAUCUAA